GGAGAUAUGUAAGGAGAGGAGCGACGAACGAGUACUUGAGCAAGCAUGGCGUUGUGCAUCUCAAUUCCUUCCUUCUCCGAUUCUGUUACUGCUCCUUCGCUAUCUCAAACGUAUUUUAGUCUCACUCGCCGCCCUUCCAAUUCCAUCCAUUUUCUUAAUUUGAGGCUUCCCACUCGCCCACCAUGUCUUUGCCGAGCUUCCAAUUCUCAGCCUGGACCGUUGCCUAAGCACUCUGUCUCCACUUCGUCUAAGAAAAGGAAGAAAAAGGGUAAGGGAGAUACCAAGGUUUUUAAUCCUACCGACGUCGAAGUUGUCGAUGAUUUUACGGUCGAUGAGGCUGGACCCUCGAGUUCCAGUGCCAGUUCCAGUUCCAGUUAUUUGUCGUACCAUCCUUCGACCUUGCCCAAACCGCCAGCUGGGUUUGUGCUAGACGACCAUGGAAAGGUCCUCAUGGCUUCAAAUAAGCGAAUUGCUAUCAUGGUUGAUCCUUUAAAUAACUUGCCUCUGGAAUGCGUUAUACGAAGAAUUUUUAGAAGUUCAAAAGGGGAUGAGUGCAUGCUGCUUUGCCCUGUGGACACGCCUGUUCAAAUAUUAAAGAGCAAGAAUGUUGAUGGAUGGUCAGCUGUGAGUGAUGAUGAAGUUGAAGCUAUUCUGCCUGCUGCUUCUUAUGCUCUUGCCAAAAUACACAUGCAUUUGGUACACAGCGGAUUUUGCUAUACAGCGAGGGGAGGAUUUUGCUAUUCAGAAGAUGACAUCUUUGAUUUCCGCACAGAUGAUGGACAAGAUGUAGAUGGCUUGCCUAAUGAGGGUGUAGAGAUCACUUGCUUUCAUAUGAAUGGAGCACAUUACAUGAUUUAUACGCCGUCUGAUCCACUUCUUUUUGUUGCUAUCAAGGACAAGCUUGGCCAACUAACGAUUGCCGAUGAUAAUAUUGUGGAAACAGGAGCUGUUGGAGGAUCCAGCAAUUAUCAGUGCCAUUGACGAAGAGACUGAAUUUAAUGCACUGGUGGAGGAGGAGGCUGCUCUUCUUGAAUCGGUUUUAGGGAAAGAAUAACCCAGCACAGCUUUAGUUUGGAGAACACUAGGUAGCAUUUUGUAAUAUAUAAAAUUGGGUUUAGAUGUGUAUGUCCUAUUGUCCUUGCAUUACUUUGCCUCUUUUGAGUUUCUUGCUGUUGGGGGAAACCACAUCAGUUGAGGGCUCUAUCUAAUCAAAGCUCAGGGCUGCCAUUUCAUUGUCAUUCUUUUAAUACGUAAAAGCUGAUAAAACUGGUUUGGAUAUCUUUUUUGUUC